GCUUGCCGACCAUGUGUGUUGGGAAGUGCACUCGGAUUCUGGGCCCCUGCCUCGUUGCCUUGGGAGUGCUGUCCAUCGCUGCCAGCGUGCUGCUGCUCUUCCCCAGCGGGACGGGGCGCUACCUGGAGGAGGGCCACAUCUCCAAGCGGGCCAUGCAAGUGCCAGGCGUGUGGGGAGGAGGCGUAAUUCUGGGAUCAGGGCCGUCUGUGUCGCCCAGGAACCUCUCGCUGCGCCAAUCGAACCAGCUCCCGCUGCCUGCCAGGGAGGCCGUUUUAGGCCUCGCCAGGUUCACGGGGACACUUCUAGGCCCGAGGGACACGAUUGCCCUCCAAUUAGCGAUGCCAGUGGGUAACUGGUAUCCCCCUGACCGGGUGAUGCUCACAGCGCUGUCCCUUGGGUCUCUCAUCAGUGCGCAGAACUACCUGUAUGAGCCGUCGCUCUGGACCUCGGUCUGCAUCGAGCCCCCGAACGUCGUCGCCUGGAACGUCUCCUUCUUCUCCGCCCUGCUGCUCUGCAGAGCCGCCGAGAUGGUGCUGGCGUCUCUUCAGAUCCUCAACAGCUUCUUU